GUAUUUUCCUUCAAAAGGUGGUUGAUUGAUUUCUAAACAGGAACCAAAGAAGCCUCUAAGUAUGUGCUGAGUGCCUUUCUCCUGAGACGGGUAUAAUUCUUUUAAUUGAAUGCUUCUUCACUUGGAAAGUCUAUGAAAUCUGUGAAAUAUCAGAAAACAGUAUGUCUGUUUCAGGUCCCCUAGACUUUGCUGCCUUAAAUUAUGUUCUGAUGCUGUUUGUUACUUAUCUGCUUUUUAUGGCGCCUAUAUUUUAAUUAUUUCACUGAGUUAUUUUUUUCACGUUUUAGUCAUUAUUUUUCGAUUUCUUUUUCCACGUUCAAUCUGACCUGUCUCGCGGCUGUUUUUAAGAAGGGCAGAAAUUAAUGAAAAAAAUCAAAACGAAGGAGAAAAUAACGAAAUGAAGCGAGACACGGGUCCCUAAAAACCCCCCUUCUUCUCGCACUAGUGAAACUUCAGUCACGUAGGGACUUUCGCGUUAAGACGAGUCAGACCUCCAAAAACGCAGCUCCGCGUUCUGUGAAAAACAAAGGUUCCCGCUCAAACCGCGCCCCACCCCCUCUCCUUUCCGCAUCUUAGGCAAACUGCUAAGGCAAUGGAAGGUUCGGGAACACGAAAGGACCAACCGUAUUGAAAAAGCUACAAUCUCCAGCAUUCCCAGCGACAAAGCAACCCGCCCCUGCGCUGGAAACGGCUUCUGAUUGGCUUAUCUUGAGCACAGAAGGUGAUGUCAUUCGUCCAGGUGAUCAAGAGGAAUAUUGAGUGACAAAUACUGGAGCCAAUUACCUGAUCAGACCCUGCUUGAAAGGGCUUGCGAAUAGUUUGUGGGCUGGACAUGUCAAGAUGUCGGGGAUCCUGAGCACGACGUUGAGGGGGCUUGACAGUGAUUCGUAUUGCGAAAUCAGCGUCUACUGGGACAAACGCAUGAGUGACAGUGGCCGUGAACUGCAGAUGAAGGCCCUGAAGAACUCUACCACACUUUAUGUGGGCAAUCUGUCCUUCUACACCACAGAGGAACAAAUCCAUGAGCUCUUUUCCAAGUGUGGGGAUGUCAAGCGCAUUGUCAUGGGGCUUGACAGGGUUAAGAAAACUCCUUGUGGUUUCUGCUUUGUAGAGUACUACACAAGAGCAGAAGCUGAACAUUCUAUGCGGUUCAUUGACAAAACCCGGCUGGAUGACCGCAUCAUCCGAACAGACUGGGAUACUGGGUUCAAGGAAGGACGGCAGUAUGGCCGUGGGAGAACAGGUGGCCAGAUGCGAGAUGAAUACCGGACAGACUACGAUGUUGGGAGAGGUGGCUUUGGCAAGCUUGUUCAGAUGCAGAAGUCAAUUCAACAGACAGUGAUCUACUAGCAGCUUUGUGGAUUAAAGGCUAGAGUAGGAGAACAGGAAGACCAGAUUCUUCGAGGACUGUUGGGUGUGUGUCGUUCACGAUGGCAGAACUGUCCCUGGACUCAGAGGGAAACAAGGUGAUGGUUUGAGAUCAUUCUUGGUAACCUACAGUUUAAGCUGCCCUUGAGGGCAGGGAACUUCUUCCAGGGUUAUGUGCACAGCCAAGGAAUCCAGUAGUUGACAGAAUCUCUGGAUUAGGAGAGGACACACAGUGGUCUGUGAGAUUUGAAUGACUCUUUGCUGUCCUUGCUUUCCAGUGUAGUAAUUUUAGUGCCCUAGUUUGUCUGUUUUGAAUCCUUUAUUUUAUUCUUUUUAAACUGAUUCUUAAAUAAUGCAUGUCCUGUAAUUUCUGCUGUAGCCUGUAAUCGUAUUGUGGGUAAAGAGAAUAAAGAAUGAGAAUUCUCUCAA